UGUAUAUCCAUCCAACGGCGAGGAAGUCCUCUCCGUCCUCCUCGAAGUCGGCGGGCCCUCUGCGGACUUUAUAUAUAGUCGGGUAUGCAGCUCAUUUCCCUUGUGAAUCCAGAAGGGCGAGGAAAUAGCUCAUCUCCGUCCUCCUCUUGCAGCGAGACCCGAAUCUUGGAAGCACGUUCUUGAUCGACACGAUUCUAUAUCUCUCGAUUUCUAGACGUUCUAGGGUUUCAUCUCUGAUCUAAGAUCCCAAUCUCCUCGCCGCCAUGGGCUACGAGAACGAUCCUUAUAUGGAUGAAAAUGGAGAGCCCUUGAUGGAUCCCGACAUGCCGUCCGACCGGGAGCCCUCGCUGGAGCCGAUGGUUCCGAUCGAUGAUGACGACGAUGGCGACUGGCGCCGGGAGCGAUCGCCGACGCCGGUGCUGGACUCCGCGGUGGAGGGCAAGGACGGCAAACCGCGGAAGAGGCUGGUGAAGAAGAGCGCCAUGGAGAGCUCGCCGGAUCGGGGAUGGAGCCCUGCGGCGGCAGGUUUGGAGGACUGGGAGGAGGAGACGUUGGAGAAGAAGAGGAAGAAACCCCUGUCCUUGAAGGAGGGGAAGGGUGGCAGCGGUGGGAAGGAGAAGAAGAGGAAAUCCUCUUCUUCCGAGGUCGAGCAGUCGGCAGGGAAGGGGUUCAAGUCGGGAUCGAAGGGUUACCAGGGCGGGUCGAACGAUCAAGCUGGUGAUCCAGAGAUGAAGGAGUUGUGGGACACCAUAGCAGGGGCCGAUUCCGAGGAUGACCAAGAGGGAAUGAGAACAGUGGAUGACGAUAACUUUAUUGAUGAUAGUGGUGUUGAUCCUGCUGAUCGCUUUGGCAGCGAUAAUGAGGCUGGUUCAGCUGGUGAUGCUCCUCAGGCUGAACAGGGUGAAGACGAUGACGAAAUUAGUAGACUCUUCAAGGGGGGUAAGAAAAAGAAGAAAAAUGAAAAAUCACCUGCCGAACUUGCUAUGAUAGUUGAACAUCUUAUGGCUGAGCUAGAAGUUACGGCUGAAGAAGAUGCUGAGCUAAACAGGCAAAAUAAACCGGCUGUCAACAAACUGAAGAAGUUGCCACUGCUUGUAGAUGUCCUUUCUAAGAAGAAGCUUCAGCAAGAAUUCUUAGAUCAUGGAGUGUUAACUCUUCUGAAAAAUUGGCUUGAACCUCUUCCUGAUGGAAGUUUGCCCAAUAUGAAUAUCCGAACUGCUGUACUUAAAAUACUUGCUGAUUUUCCCAUUGAUUUAGAGCAAUAUGAUAGGAGAGAACAACUAAAGAAGAGUGGUCUUGGAAAGGUGAUUAUGUUUUUGUCAAAGUCUGAUGAGGAAACCACAUCAAACAGAAAACUUGCUAAGGAAUUGGUUGAUAAAUGGAGUCGACCCAUAUUUAAUAAGAGCACUAGAUUUGAGGAUAUGAGGAGUUUUGAUGAUGAGAGAAUUCCUUACAGAAGGCCAUCUUCUCAGAAGCCAGUGAAUAAAGCCACAGGGUUGGAAUCUCGGGAUGAUGAUCUUGAUUUGGCUGAAUAUUCACAAGGACGAAAAUCUGGGCAGGCUGCUUCUAGGCAACAUGCUUCUAGGCCAGAAGCGAUGCCUUUGGAUUUUGUUGUGCGUCCCCAAUCUAAAGUAGAUCCAGAAGAAGUCAGAGCACGAGCGAAACAAUCUGCACAAAAUCAGCAACGGCUGAAGAUGAAUAAGAAGUUGCAGCAGCUAAAAGCACCAAAAAGGAAGCAGCUUCAGGCAUCAAAAGUCUGCGUUGAGGGCCGUGGCAUGGUCAAGUACAUGUGAUCAGCAACUCCUGGUUAAUUAUGGGCAACAAGAUUUUGCGGCCCAUCCAGAUUCGAGUUUAAUCAUCAGGUUCUCUUGGAAGGUGAUUGGUUGUGUGGGUGCAUCCUUCUUUUUCCUUUCCUGUAACGGUGGAUUCUUUGCGAGACAGCGGAAGGCGCGGCGGCACUCUGUGGUUAUACUGUUUCAAGAGCGAAUGUAUGGUGAUCAUGUUCCAUGGUCUACUCCAGACAAUUCCUUUCUAAUACGGAUCAUGAUGAUUCAAAUAUAAUGCGGCCCCUUUUAUGUUUGCUUUAUUGUAUUGGGGGUGCCUGAAAUAACAAGAAGCUUUGUUAAGAUGCAGAGAUAUUCUUAUUUGCACUUUCUUUGUGACACAAAAUAGUCCCACAAUUGUUGUCUGCCCCUUUUA